CUGCAGUGGAAUCCGACGAUAUCGGCCACCUUGGGCUCAUCGUCGCUCACGUCACGGUCCCGCGGGCUGCCCCACUUUCUCAACUAUUCAUAACUGCCUGCCUGCUGCUCCGGCAACAAGGCAUCCCAUCCCCAACCACCCAUGCUCGCCCUCGUAUUCAUCACUUCAGUCCUCUCGCUGGCCAACCAAGGCUGGGCCAGCCCCACCGUCGCCCCGACGGGCCUCAACCAGACGGGCCUUCCGCCGUGUGCGGCAGGCUCAUCGCAGUCGCCGUUGUUGGACUGCGUCGGCGCAGGAUUCAGCAGCAACGACACUAAGAUCACCUGGCCGAACAGCACCUCGGGCUGGGCGGUGGGCGAGCGCCCCGCAGUGCAGUGGGAAACGAGCACUUCGUACACCACCGGCUGGGUAUGGCUGUACAACCGCAAUGUCAGCGUUCUUCCUCAGCGCGUCGCGCUGUUCGGAGCCUGGGAGCAGUGGAAGGACGGCGGCGCGUCGUCGCCUUUCCCCAUCAACGCCGACCAGACACCACCCGCGCCUGGGUACUGGUUCGUCAUGCGCGGCGUGGCGACCGACUCGGACGGCACACCCAAAGGCAACGAGUCGUGGGUUCUCGCCACCAGCCAGGAGUUUGAGAUCAAGCCCAAGGGCUCCAAGGUCGACUAUCCGCCCGCGUACGCCUCCUUGGCGAAGCCCUCUGGCGCAGAGCGGAUGGCAGUCGGCGCGCCGCUUGCCGCCGUGCUCGUGGCCGCUGCCAUGAGCGUGUUGUAGAAGGGGUUGGUUUGUCUUUAUGCCCAUCAUUGCAAUGUCAUAAUCUGCCACCA